AUGGAAAAUUUAUUUGACGGAUCACUAUUAAGCUAUGCAAAUAAGAAUGGUCCUAUGAAAGAAGAAGAUGCCGCAGUAAUUUUUAGCGAGCUAAUCAUUGCGCUCCGAUAUUUGCAUGAUGAAUGCAACAUCGCCCACAGAGAUAUCAAAGCAGAAAACAUACUUUUGGAUGAAAACCAUAAUAUCAGACUUAUAGACUUUGGAAUAAGUCGCAUCCACGACAUAGAAACAGAAUAUAUGAAAACGAAUUGCGGGUCAAUUCUAUAUGCAGCGCCAGAGAUUAUCAGCGAGAAAGGAUAUACUAAAUCUGUUGACAUUUGGAGCGCUGGUGUCUUACUUUACGCAAUUGUUGUUGGUCAUUUUCCUUUUGAAGAAAAUAAUUAUAAGAAUUUGACCCAUAAGAUCGUAUAUAGCAAUGUAGAAUACCCUCCAUGCCUCUCAAUAUUGUUAACCGAUUUAUUACAGAAGAUGCUCGUAAAAGAUCCAACUCAAAGAAUUACGAUCAAAGAGAUUCUCGAUCACCCAUGGCUUAAGAAAUAUGCCGUGAAUAUCGAAAAUCUUCUCAAAUCCACCAAAUUUGACGAGAAGGAGAUGGAAUCUCAAUAUGAAAAAUAUCCAACUGUAGAUAAGGAUCUCCUUAGAAAUAUCGUGGAAAGAAGAUUCUACACCAACGCUAUCCACUCAAUUCGCUUCAAUCCACAUGGAUUUCAACCAAAAUAUCGUUCUCUCCCUCAAAUUGUGUUCACUUAUAGAAACCCAAUCAGUCCAGUUAUUCCUUACGCCAGUAAGAUAAGAAUUCCGUCAAAUAUCAAAAAGCGUGUUAUUAUUCAACCUCAUAUCACCCUUCCUAAUGUCCAAUAA